CCGGAGGGCGAGACGGAGCACGUCGGCUCGGGGCCGCUGCGAAAGGCUCGCCUCUCUUUUCUUUCAAAUCGGCAAAAAAUGGCUGAUGGUAAGGAGGACCCUGCGGUGUUUACCUCCGCUUCUCUGCCCUCAGACCCACGGCUUCUCGCUACGGUGACCAACGCUUACCUGGGCACCCGCGUGUAUCGGGACGUCCUCCACGUCAACGGGGUGUAUAAUGGAGCUGUGGGAGACACGCAUCGUGCUGACGUCCCCAGCCCUGUCAACGUUAGAAUGACCAAGCCUAGUACGGACAAGCUGACCGAGACCUUCACUUUGGAUACCCGGACAGGAACCUUCAGCCACGUGCUUCAGUCAGCUGAUUAUACAGCAACCCAUCAGAUCUAUGCUCACCAUUCUCUUGUCCACUUGAUGGCCUUCAGCAUCACCAUCCAGCGAUCAGCUCACACCAGACAAGCCAUCAUGGUGCAGCUCCAGACUCCUUUUGUGCCGAAGAGCCAGGACCUAGACCUGUAUCAGGGACCAGACUUCCAGGGAGCUCACUACAUCUAUGGGAAGACAUUGGUUCCCGAGGUGGACGGCGGACCCCGGCCCACAGUUCACAUGCUCUGGACUCCAGUGCCGCAAGCUGUGAUCUUGCAUGGGGAGGAGCAGGAGAGAACCUGGGAAUUCCUGACCGCUGUGGCUGAGAGCGAAGAAGAAGUGAAGAGGAGCUACAGCGAAGGGAUGGCUCGCAUUGCUACCGGCACCCUGUACUCCUCCCACACGCAGGCCUGGGCAACGCUUUGGAGAGGAUGCUGCAUAGAACUGGAUGGCCCUCUGCCUUUGCAACAGGCCCUUUACGGGUGUCUCUAUUACCUACUGAGUGCUAUCCCUCCCCUUGGGAACCCCGACUUCCUUUUCCAUGGUAUCAGUCCUGGUGGCUUAUCCAAUGGCAGUCAGGGUGAAGACUACUGGGGGCAUGUCUUCUGGGACCAGGACACCUGGAUGUUCCCAAACAUCCUCCUGUUUUAUCCUGAAGCUGCCCGAGCCAUCUUGGAGUACCGGAUUCGCACACUGGGAGGAGCUUUACGCAACGCGCAGGAGCAAGGCUACAAGGGUGCCAAGUUUCCGUGGGAGAGCGCAGCUACUGGCCGGGAAGUCUGCCCAGAGGAGAUUUAUGGAGCUCAAGAAAUUCAUGUCACCGGGGAUGUUUUGAUGGCCUUUGAGCAGUAUUACCACACCACACAGGACCAGAAGCUGUUCAGGGAGGAUGGAGGCUGGAACCUGGUUGGUGCCGUCGCUCAGUACUGGUGCAGCAGGAUGGUGUGGAAUGAGGAGGAGCAAUGCUACCACAUCAAAGGUGUCAUGCCCCCAGAUGAGUAUCACUACCAGGUUGAUAACUCUGUUUACACCAACGCCUUGGCCCAGAGGAGUUUAAAUUUUGCAGCUGAUGUUGCACGGGACUUCUUGAUCCCUGUACCAGAGGAGUGGGUGGAAUGCGCCAAGAAAGUCAAAGUGCCGUUUGAUGCAGAGAAGAAGUAUCAUCCUGAAUAUGAUGGUUACCACCCAGGUGAGCCCGUGAAACAAGCUGAUGUUGUCUUGCUUGGGUUCCCUCUGAUGUACCCCAUGAGUCCUGAAGUCCGGAGAAAUGACCUGGAGAUGUAUGAAUCUGUCACUGUGCUGGAUGGGCCAGCCAUGACCUGGAGCAUGUUUGCAGUGGGCUGGCUGGAGCUGAAGGAAGCACAGAGAGCACAGAGUCAACUGAGCAAAUGUUUCAGCAACAUUACGGAGCCCUUCAAGAUCUGGGUGGAGAACUCUGAUGGGUCUGGAGCUGUGAACUUCUUGACAGGGAUGGGUGGAUUCCUGCAAGCUGUCCUCUUUGGCUACACAGGGUUCAGGAUUACAAAGAGAAGCCUUCGUUUUGAUCCUGCGUGUCCUAAUGACAUAAACAGAUUGAAAGUCACUGGAGUCUCCUACUUUGGCAACAAACUGAAGUUCACCAUCACCAAAGAAAAGAUCAAGAUCAAAGUGACCAAGUCUCCCCUCGAUGCUCCUGCCUCUCUCCUGGAGGCUGUGCUAGAGGAAUCAGGGCAGCGAUUUCCUUUGUUUGAAGGGCAGAGUGUCUCUUUCCCCACCUCAGCUGGCUGGAUUCAGAGGUUAUCCACUGAGGCUUUGUAAACUCCAGCAGACUUGGGGUUUACAUGGCAGGUACUAAAACCACCAGAGUUGCAGAAACAAGGCACAGAACAGAAGCUGGCAGGAUGGAAAGGUCAAGGCGCUGUGCUGCCAUGGGGUGGGGGGGCGUGGAAGGUGGGUGUCCUGCUCGGUACCAUAAAAACCCUUUGCCCAAUGGGGCUGUGUGCGCCUUCUCCUGUCUUUGUAGCCGUUGGGAACGUGCCAGGCUGGGAAGGGGCAGUGGAACCGUCUUGUGCCACCACUGGCAAAUACAGGCUUUGGGAGUCGGUUUUUAUCGACCUUUGAGUUUUGCUCGACUGGUUAAUAUCUGUCACCUUGUCUCUCUUGCUCUUCUGUGGAUUUACAGGCCCAUGCCCUCCUCUUCCACUGAGAUCUUUCUGCCGCUUCUUUCUUGAAGCGCUGCUUCUGGGCCCUGCGUUGCACUUGUACGUGAGACAUCCAGGAGCUUCCCCCAGCGCAGCCAUCCCCAAGCUUUCACCGUUGCUGGGGUGGCAGUAGCUUUCUCAGUGAAUGUGAGCAUCCCUUUCUGUUCCAGGGGAUGGUGAGGCCAUUCACGUGCCCUUAAAAUCUCUCACUUAGGUUUGAAUUUUUUUUUUUUAUCUCCUCUGCUAAAAGCCAGCUGCUUCCCCUUGAGGAUGAUGAUUCCUCCAUUCAGCGUGGAGGAUUUGCACCAGGGCGAAGCUGGGAUGUUUAGGCCCAGUUGGAAGCAAAUUGCCUGCAACCUCUGGCAGUCCUGGGGAUGCUGAAGUCCAAGUAUUUCUCUGACUUAGCUGUUCGGUGGCUGAAAGCUGGUGAAAGGCUAAUGCUCUCUCUGCGCUUCCUGCAUGCAGUCCACGUGAACAAGCCACUGGAUCCGACAGCCUUGUUUGGGUUUGGUUCUCUGCUGUUCCCUUGCAGCAGUGUAAAUGGGCUGAGGCCAAAGAGGAAAGUCCCUCAUUGUGUUAACUGCAAAUGCUAGUGUUAGUUCUUCUGUGAACUGAGUCCGUCGGAGGUGUAUGACCACGUUCUGGGAACAGAAGUGACAUGGUUAAAGAUGAGAGCCAGGAAGCCGCUAUUGUAAACAAGUUUUCUAAACAGCCGUGACUGGUUUAUUAAUUCUUUAAAUGCCUUCAUUUAUAAGGCACAAAGCUGUCCCUGGAGAUUUCCUAUGCAGAACAAUGGGAAUGCCUGAAACCUGAUCGACGCAGUAAUGAGAAAUUCAAGGCCUGGCAGAGGUACUUGUUUCCUUGUAGGUUCAGGGUCAGGAUGUAAGAGUAGCUAGGGUUCCUCCGAAUGGUCACCCUUCGGCAUCUAGGGACCCGUAGGUGUUCCCAAAAGACCCACAGGACUCCUGAGGAGGAGUAAAAUACAGCAAUGGCCAUCUUGACCAUGGCGAAGGGAGGAAACCUGGAUGCAGGGUUGCAGGCGGUCUCCGCACUUGGACAACGUGCGGCAGGGAGCUGGCAUAAGACAGCACGGCCCAGCAGCGGGGGCACCAGCCUAGGACUCGGCAGGCUUGGGCCCUUCUCCCAGCUCUGUCCCUGGCCUACUGGUGACCUGAUUUCCCUUUCUCUGAAAGCGUUAUUAUUGUCGAGCAAGUUAUUGUGGUCUUUUUCAAAUGGUUGACAACUUCAGCUUCUUACACGCUCAUGACUUCAUUAAGGGUUGUUGCAGGGUGGGCAAAAGCAAGACUAAAGCUGACGGUUACUUUAAUGUUAGUCACAAA